AUGAAGAGAUUACAAUCUAUUAAAUCUUCAUCCUCAAUAUGCGAAAAAUUCAGAACUUCACCACGUAUUGAUUCUAGUGGAAGUGCAAAAUCCUUAAAAUUUGUACCUAAUGUUGCUGCUGCAAACAAGGUACCUAUUGAGCAUCUGCAAGUUAAAUUAGAUACUGCUAAGGUAGAUAAAACUAGUGAUCAAAUAUCUGAUGGUUGCAAGGAUGUAAAUAUACCUGCUGAUAACGUGACUAAAGAAAUUAAUAUAUGUCCCAAAAAAAUAUCUAGAGAUGUCACUUCCUUACUUUUAAAGGAUUUGGCUAUUUCCAAGAAUAAUGCAGAGGCGUUUGGAGUCCAUAAACUAACAUCCAACGAGAAGUUGAUUUCUAAAAUUGUUGAUAAGGAUGGUCCCUUAGAGAUGCCCUUCGAUAUUUCCAGUGUAAUAUGGCCUAAUAAUGAAAAUGGUAUAUCUUACCCCGCACUAUAUAAUGAACAACUUGGAACAUCAGAAAAUGAGCCAUGGCUCUUGAUACAAGUUCCUAAGUUCAUGCCAUCCCUAACUCCAUUUAGAGACUCGAAUACUAUACUGGGAUUAGAUGAUAACUUAGGAAAUCCAUCAUUCUUGGCAGAUAUGCAAUGUGGCUCAAUAGGAAAGUUAACUAUUAAGAAAAGUGGAAAAAUUUCUUUGAUAAUGAAUAAGAAUACUAACUCCCCAAAUUCAGAAGAUGUAAUUUUCGAUAUUAAAAAGAACAACCUAGCUAGUUGUGAGCAAAAUAUUAUUGCACUUACUAGUAUAAACGAGCUAUCUAAUCUGGGUAAAUGUGCAACAGUAUUUUAUGCUACACCCCAAUUAAACUUAUCGUAA